AUGAAUUCUUUCAGAACAGAACAUUCAAAAUACCUUCAUAGCCGGGCUGAGGCAAUUGCAUUGGCUCAUCGACCAUAUAUAUCUGAUUCCGACAAUCUCAGUCUUUCCUCUGCUUGGUGGCGCCAGUCACCCACGGUCUAUCUGGGUCUGGCUAACGGCGACGUGGUGCAGCACGAUGCUAGUGGUCAUGAGACGCGGUUGCUUUUUCGUCACACAGCAAUUCGAGACUCAACUACCACUGAAUCCGAGGCCAAGGUGCCAGAGUUUGGAAAUGACGGGCCUCUGGCUCCGAUGCUUUCGGCUCGGAAUAGGAAAACUUUUUUUGAUUCUAAGAUCAUUAAAGACAAUUGCUACUCUUCGGAUUGUCAUACAACUGUUAUGCAGCAUAAUAAUUCUAGAUCUGCCUCAUAUCUGCGCCGUCCUAUUCAGCGGUAUUCUUCACCUACAUCUGCCGCCGGAUUCGUAGAUGUGGAGGGCAUUUCAUCGCUAGCAGUUAUUCGAUCAUCAGAAGAAUCA